AGUUAUUGGAAAAUCAAAGGCGUGCCCUACAUUAAGCCGAUUUACUUUCUUGGAAAUUUUGGUGGAAACCUCCUGCGGCUUAAAUCCUUGGAAACGCUAAUAAGGGACUGCUACUAUGCAUUUCCAAACAGUCGAUACGUUGGGAUGUACCAGUUUAGGCAACCCAUACUGCUAGUACGAGACCCAGAGCUAGUAAAACAGAUCACUAUAAAAGAUUUUGAUGCCUUUCCCGAGCACGUGCCAGUUUUUCCGAUGGAACCAUUGAUUGCUAAAAGUUUGUUUAACUUAAGCGGGCCGGACUGGCACGAAGUGCGAUCGGCACUCAGUCCGUCAUUUACCAGUCGCAAAAUGAAGUUGCUCUUCACAUUAAUGGCAAAUUGCUCGGAUCAGUUUAUAAGCUACCUAAAUAAGUCUGGUGAUGCCGUGCAGUUAGAGGUACUGGAUGCAUUUACAAGAUACACCAACGACGUAAUUGCCACGUGCGCGUUUGGGAUUACCUGUGACUCGCUCAAAAAUAGAGAUAACGAGUUUUUCUUGAUGGGCACAGCGUCUAGGUUCACGGGAGUUAAAAUGUUCAAGUUUUUCUGUUACACCUUAUGUCCUAGCGUAAUGAAGUUCCUCAAAAUAGGGUACUUCGGGGCAAAAGUGGACGCUUACUUCAGAAAUAUUAUAAAGGAGACGCUCAAACUUAGGAGACAGCAACAAAUUGAACGUCUUGAUAUGAUUAAUUUGCUCAUUGAGGCACAGAGGAAUCCCAAAAACACAGAGUAUAAGAUGACAGAUGAGGAUAUAACAGCCCAAGCGCUUAUUUUCUUCCUUGCCGGAUUCGAUACGGUGGCAAGCGCAAUGACGUUCCUUGCUUACGAGUUGGCUGUCAAUCCAGAUGUUCAGCGGAGACUACAUGAGGAAAUUUGUCGAUCAUCUGAAGAAGUAACAUACGAAACUAUAAAAUCGAUGAGUUACCUGGAAAGCGUUGUGUCGGAAUCAUUACGAUUGCACAGUAAUCUACCAUUCGUCGAUCGAAGAUCCACGAAGCCGUACACCAUUGAACCAGUAGACCCUUCGGAAAGGCCUAUACACUUGGAAAAGGGUACGGUUGUUUGGCUGCCCACGUGCGCCUUACACCUCGACGAAAAGCACUUUCCUAAUCCCAAAAAGUUCGAUCCCGAACGAUUUAGCGAGGAAAACAGACCGCACAUCCCAUCGGGUGCCUACAUACCAUUUGGUUCAGGUCCGAGAUCUUGCAUAGCUUCUCGUUUCGCUUUGUUGGAAAUAAAGCUAAUAGUGAUACGGUUAUUGCAAAAUUUUGAAAUUGUGCCGAAUGCCAAGACCGCGAUCCCGUUGAUACCGGACAAAACGAGUUUCAACGGUCUUCCAGCGGAUGGCGUGUGGGUGACUCUAAAACCGAGAUCGGUUAAUUGAUUUAUUUCAGGUUGAUCUCAG